AUGGCGAAGGCCAUCGUCGCGGAGAUCAUGGCGCGGCAGGCGGUGUCAUUCGUCCUCGGCGCUGCCACGGCGCUCACCCUUGUCUUGCUCGUCCAGUACCGGGCACCGGCGGAGGGGCUCAGUUACGCCUGGACGCACGGACAGAUUUCCGGCCAGCGAUCGUCGGACGAGCAGUACCACCGCCGCAACGAUACGGCUCAUACUGUUCAUCACGCGCCGUCGGUUGCGGUAGCAGGAGACGAUCAUGGCCUUCAUCAGGCUGACACCAUACUGAAGGGCGCGGAGGAGGCGGAGGAGUUCCGGGGGCUGGCGGCGGCGGUGUCGCGGGCGGCGAUGGACGACGGCACCGUGAUCAUCACCUGCGUGAACCAAGCCUGGGUGGCGCCAGGCUCGCUGCUGGACCUCUUCCUGGAGAGCUUCCGCAUCGGCGACGGCACGGCCCGGCUCCUCCCGCACGUCCUGGUGGUGACCAUGGACCCGGCCGCCCACGCGCGCUGCCUGGCCGUGCACCGCCACUGCUACCAGCACGCCAUCCCCGGCAUCAACCCCGACUUCUUCGGCCCCGAAGAGUGGCUGGAUCUGGUGUGGAGCAAGCUGAAGCUCCAGCGCCGCAUCCUGGAGCUCGGCUACGGCUUCCUCUUCACCGACGUCGAUGUGAUGUGGCUACGCGACCCGUUCAAGCACGUGACGGCCUACGCCGACAUGACCAUCUCCUCCGACAACUACUUUGGGGACCCCGACAACAUCGACAACCUGCCCAACACCGGCUUCUUCCACAUGAAGCCGAACCGGCGGACGAUCGCCAUGACGAAGCUGUGGCACGAGUCCAGGGGAAGCUACCCGGGCAUGAACGAGCAGCCGGUGUUCAACGCGAUCAAGGCGCGGCUGGUGGCGGAGCUCGGGGUCCGGCUGCGGUACCUGGACCCGGAGCACAUGGGUGGGUUCUGUAGUUAUGGUAAGGAUCUGGGGAAGAUUGUGACGAUGCACGCGAACUGCUGUGUGGGGUUGAGCAAGAAGAUGAGGGAUCUGAGGGGGGUUCUUGAUGACUGGAGGAAUUAUACCAUGUUGCCGACCUGGGAGAAGCACCGGGCAAAGUGGACCGUGGCCGGCGCCUGCAUCAAGUGA